AUGGACCAAACAAUUCGCGUCGCUGUGGCCGUCUACGUCUUCAACAAACACGGCCAGACCAUUCUCGGCCGACGCAAGGGGAGUCUCGGCGCCGGAACAUGGGGUCAUCCCGGCGGCCACCUCGAAUUCAACGAGAGCUUUGAAGACUGUGCAGCUCGAGAGGUUCUAGAGGAGACGGGCCUCGAAGUAACUGACAUACGCUUUCUCACUGCGAUUAACAAUGCCAAUAUGGAGGGAGGAAAGCAUUAUGUUACGAUUUUUGUGGGCUGUAGGCUUGUGGAUGAGGAUGCGGAGCCGGUGGUCAUGGAGCCUGAGAAAUGUGUCUGCUGGGAGUGGGUCACUUGGGAUGAAAUGAAAGUGACUAUUGAGAGGCAGCGGGAAGCAGAGCAUCUGGGGAAGAUGGAGGAGUAUGAGGGGAGGGUGUUGUUUAAACCAAUUUUGAAUCUUUUGCAGCAGAGGGCGGGAUUCGAUCCGUUGGAGAUUUAUCAGUCUGUUGGGCGGUGUUAA